CAGUGAGGCGUGGUCGGCGCUCUCCCGGUUCUCGCCCGGAAGUAAUGUGUAGUGUGCGUACUCUUGACGUUAUUCCGCUUUCCUUUCAGUGUCAUGGCGCUGGAGGCCACCCGGGGAAUGAUGGAUGAAGAUUUGGAGGAUGGAGAGCUGAGCGGCUCGGAUACAGACAUGAAGGUGUCGGGGGACAGAGCACCGCAGCAGAAACUUGGUUUGCCCAGAGCUGGUGACUACAGAAACGAUGCAGCUCUGUCUUCCAGUGUCCCUUACAGAAAUAUAAAAGGGUUGGAUUCUAGCGAUGACAGCUUUUCUGAUUCUGAUACAGAUGAGGGUUCUCCAUGGAAACGUAAACGCCAGAAGUCUUCCCAUCCUCCUCCCGUAAUACCAAGACCAAUAUUGGCCUCAGCUCCUCCCAUACAGAACAAGCAGGUGAGAAGUACAAAGAAUAAUAUAUGGGGGGCAGUGCUUCAGGAGCAGACGCAAGAGGCUGUAGCUACUGAACUUGGAAUUAUGGACAUGGAUGGUCUGCUCGAUAUGAGCCGCCAGUCAGAGACUUACAAUUAUGUCCUAGCCAAGAAAUUGAUGACAAAAGAAAGUGAAAGCGAGAAGGUAAAACUAGACAAAGAUUUGGAUGAGUACAUGAAUGAAGAUAAGGAACGUGUGCCAAAAGAAGAGAAUGGUCACCUAAAGAGGAAGAGACCUGUGAGAGAUAGGCUUGGUGAAAAAGUAGAAAUGGACUUUAAAGGCAGAUAUGAAAUAACCGCAGAUGAUCCAGAAGACAAAGUGUCUGAUGAAAUAGCACACAGGCUCCGUGAACCUAAAGCAGAUCUCAUCCAGCGAGUUGUAAAAAACAUUGGCACCAAAAAGGCGAUUGAACUCCUAAUCGAGACUGCCGAGGUGGAACAAAAUGGCGGGCUCUUUAUUUUGAAUGGAAGCAGGCGGAGGACACCUGGCGGCGUCUAUUUAAAUCUUCUAAAAAACACGCCAAGUAUUACAUCAGAUCAAGUGAAGGAGAUAUUUUACGUGGAAAACCAGAAGGAAUGUGAGAGUAGAAAGGCUGCAAAGAAAAGGAGACGUCACAUACUGGGGAAGAAGGCCAAGGAGGCCAUCAAAAGCCUUAACUUUCAAGAACAUGAUGAUACAUCAAGGGAGACUUUUGCAAGUGACACAAAUGAAGCUUUAGCUUCUCUUGAUGAUGAAACCCCAGAGAUGAAAUUAGACCCUGAAGAUGCCAUUGAGAUUGACAAUUCCCAUGACUUGGAAACCUUUUAACUGGAGCAUUGCUAGGACUUUGCACAAAUGUGUAUUUGCUAGUACAAAUGUGAGACUCUUUGUUGCUGCAGAAUUUACAAAAUUUACCAGUUAAGUGUAGAUUGAAAUUAGUAAUGGCAUUGCUUAUUAAAUUGUGCCUCAGUUUUUUUGGGGUAAGUUUUGAUUUUGUA